AUGUUCGGAGACUAUCAGAACCAGCAGGCAAUCGCUAUCCCACCAAAUUCGACGUACCCCUCAGCGUUAUCGAUUCCCCCUACUGUCCCACCUAGCAACCCCGAUGAUGUUCGGCGGCCAUCAACAUCGGCUCCUACUGCAGUUCCCACUGGACUGAAUGCGCGGUCAUGUGUUACAUGUCGCAGACGAAAGGUCAAAUGCGACAAAAAGGUGCCUUGCUCGAAUUGUACCAAGGCGCAAUCACCAUGCGUAUUUCCAGCACCGGGUAGAGCGCCCAGACGCCCCAGGGUCGGAGGAAAGCCUAUUAGUGAUCGAGAAGCGGAACUUCUAAAAAGACUAAGAAGAUUGGAAGGAGUGGUGGAAGAACUCAGCGGACAAGUGGAGGCGGAAAAUCCGAAGGCCUCCCCAUCAAGCAGCCAUUCCUCCCCGCACAACAAUGUUGAAUCGAGCAGCGAGUCUCCUGGUGGAACGGCGAGAACUAUAACGAAUAGGGUGAAUGGAAUUGAUGAAGAAAAGGGCACAAAACGACAAUGGGCUACGAGAUCUUUCAAUAUGGGACUUGCAGCUCCGAAAACUGCAUUCACUAUGGAAGAAGGAAUAGGACGCCUGGUAUUGGAUUCCGGAAAGAGUCAAUAUGUAUCAAAUCCGUUCUGGGCAGAAUUAUCGCAAGAGAUAGCAGAGCUCCGGGCCAUGUUUGAUGAGGAUGAGGAGGACACUGAUGGAGAUUCCCCGAUUCCAGCUCUAUCUUCCACCACCCAACCAGAUCAUCAGAGUUUUGUGAUGGGUUAUAGCUCUGCCGAUGUCAAUAUGAAGGCUUUACAUCCUUUACCCUCUCAAAUACCUUUUUACUGGUCAACGUUUCUGGAGAAUGUGAUGCCACUGGUUAAGCUUCUCCAUGUGCCUACGACAGGGAAAAUUAUUAAAGAGGUUCAACAUAAUCUAGACACUAUAAGCAAGAGCACAGAAGCCUUGAUGUUCUCUAUAUAUUUCGCAACUAUCACUUCUAUGUCAGAUGAAGAGGUUGCUACCAACUUUGGAGUCGAGAAAGAUGCCUUACUAAAAAAGUACCGAUUUGGUACCGAGCAGGCUCUUGCCAGGGCAGGCUUCCUCAAUACAAACGAAAUUAUGACUGUUCAAGCAUUCGUGAUAUUUUUGACUUGCGUUCGUAGACAUGACGAUACUCGAUUUGUAUGGUCCCUAACUGGACUCGUUAUGAGAAUUGGCCAAUCGCUUGGAUUGCAUCGUGACGGGGAGAAGUUUGGGUUAUCCCCCUAUAAUACGGAAAUGAGGAGACGGCUUUGGUGGCAAAUAUGUGUCCUGGACGUGAGGGCGUCUGAGGACCAUGGAUCUGACCCUUCGAUAUUUGAUCAUACAUUUGAUACCAAAUUCCCACUUUCGAUAAACGAUGAAGAUUUAGAUCCAGACGCAAAGGAACCACCACAACCCCGAGAAGGAGUUUCGGAUAUGACAUUUGUUCUUGUAAGGUUUGAGAUAUGUGCUUUAUCAAAACGCCUUCAAUACACUCCACCAGGUCGUGGUCCUUGUCCCAUAGGAAAUCCAACGAAACUUACACUCGAAGAGAAGGAAGAAUUGAUCAAAGAGACUGCGGCUCGAAUGGAAGAAAAAUAUCUCAAAUACUGUGAGAAUGCAGGCCCUCUCUAUUGGGUAGCGGGUACAGUGGCACGUCUCAUAUUUGCAAAGAUGUCGUUGAUAAUUUACCAUCCAUUGAUCCAACCUGGUAGGCCUCAAUGUUUAUCUCCACACACCAAGGAUCGUCUUCUCAAGUCAUCUAUCGAAAUUAUCGAGUAUUCAAGAAUCUUGGAGACGGAAGCUUCUACCAAAAAAUGGGGCUGGCUAUUCCGCACUUAUGUACAAUGGCACGCCAUUGCUUUUAUUCUUGGCGAACUCUCUAUUCGCAAGAAUUCUCCACUCGUGGAGCGAGCUUGGCAAGCUAUUGACAGCGCAUUUGAUGAUUGGAGUUCUGCUGUCGGUAGCAGCAAACGCGGUAUGUUUUGGCAACCCAUGCGAAAACUCAUGGCGAGAGCUCGGAGAAAGCGAGAAGAGAAUAUGCACUCGAUGGAAGAAGAAAACGAUGAAGACCAUUGGGAAGGAGCCCCUCACGAUUGUCCUGUCGCCAUGCGCAGAGCUCAAACGUCAAUGGACGAUGCUACCAAUGUACCGAUUAUGGAAGCGGAACAGACUUCAAUCUAUAGGGAGCAACAACAUAACCCCAAUAAUGAUUUCGGCAUGGAAGUUUCUCCACAGGUAGUAGGAAUGGGUAUGCUAGCGCCCGAGCAGAUACAACUUCAACUUCAAAUGCAGCAACAGCAACAACAAUUACAAGGCCAGACUCAAAUAUCUUGGUUGAUGGAUGACAAUGCCUUAUUAGAUCUCGACAUGAAUGCUAUUGAUGGCGAUCCUGGUUGGGUUGGCUGGGAUGAUUUAGCGAGGGAUUUCCAAAAUCAAACAGGCCAACAAGGACCGGAUGCAAAUACCUUGGGCGGUGUGGAGAAUUGGUGGUAA